GUCCCACUGGAAACGUCUCCCGUGUGCGCUGCUGUGGCCGUUAGAACGUCCCAGGGUCCCGCUCACAGCUGACUUCUCUCCUCCUUUGUCCCUGCUCGGCAAAGAUACAAAGACUUUGAAGAUGAGGGUGUGGAUCGUCUUCCUCCUGUGCCUGGCUGGCCACGCCAUGGCUGCUCCUACUGAGGACGAGCCCAUCGUGGAAGAGCUGGUCACCGAAGAGCCAGUUGUUGAGGAUCUCGAGGUGGGGGUCAACCCGGUACAGGUUGAGAUCGGAGAGUUCGACGAGGCCAUUGACAUCGCAGAAGAAGAAGAGGAAGAGGAGGUCACUACCGAGAAUCCCUGCCUGAACCACCAGUGCAAGAAGGGCAAAGUGUGCGAGGUGGAUGAGAGCAACACCCCUAUGUGUGUGUGCCAGGACCCCUCCACCUGCCCCACUCCCGAGGGGGAGUUUGAGCAUGUUUGCGGCAGCGACAACAAGACCUUUGACACCGCCUGCCACUUCUUCGCCACCAAGUGCGCGCUGGAGGGAACCAAGAAGGGCCACAAGCUGCACCUGGACUACAUCGGGUCCUGCAAAUACAUCGAGCCCUGCAUGGACAUCGAGCUGAGCGAGUUCCCCCUGCGCAUGAGGGACUGGCUGAAGAACGUCCUGGUGACUCUGUACGAGCGCGACGAGGACAACAACCUGCUCAACGAGAAGCAGAAGCUCAGGGUGAAGAAGAUCUUCGAGAACGAGAAGCGGCUGCAGGCCGGCGCACACUCCCUGGACCUGCUGGCCCACGACUUUGAGAAGAACUACAACAUGUACAUCUUCCCCGUGCACUGGCAGUUCGGCCAGCUGGACCAGCACCCCGUCGACGGGUACCUGACCCACACGGAGCUCUCCCCCCUGCGCGCCCCCCUCAUUCCCAUGGAGCACUGCACCACCCGCUUCUUCGAGCAGUGCGACGCCGACAACGACAAGUACAUCGCCCUGGAGGAGUGGGCCCGCUGCUUCGGCAUCAAGGAGCAGGACGUGGACAACGACCUCAUCGUCUAAGCGGACAGCGGACUGGUGGUCGGCGCUGACGGGACGAGGUGCUGAUCCCUAAGUUAAAAACAAAAAUCACAGUUACGGUGCUAAUUGCAAAUUCUUUUUUAUUUCUUUUUUUAAAAUCAUUUCUUGCCUAUACCACUAAAAAAGAAGAAAAAGAAGAAAAAAAGCUACAAAGGAGAAAUGUGCACAGCCUGUACUAACCAUCGUUGAAUUCUCAGUAAAGAAAACUAAAGACCUCUGAUGUAAACGUGUUGUUGACAAUAGUUUACUGACAAUAGUUGAUUAAGUGUUUGUUCAGGACUUCAAUUGAAAAUCAAUUGAAGAUCAAUUUGAGACGAAAUGUAACGAGGAAAAUAAAGUUUCUAAAUAAAUGCUCCCUCUGCUUGCUUUCUACAAACGACCCGUUAGUUUCUGCACUCUUUGUCUCUCGGUGUCAUUGUGUUUUCUUUUGUGGUUAUUGGAUCUUUGGACUGCUGCUUUAAGAGUUGUUAAUUUUUAUUUUCCAUACAGAUUUCCGUGUCCCAGACGAGGACACGCGUGUACUGACAUUUGAACCAAUAAAGAGGAUAUAUUGUUUGGAAUCUUUCCACAA